AUGCUCCUGGACGAACAGCGCCAGAUCCACGAGGACCUCGAGCGCCUCGAGGAUGCCAUUGCAGAGCUCCUUCUUGACGACCCUCCACACAUUCGCGAUCGUCUCGCACGUGAUCACGACAUCGCGCGAUACCUCGCACAGCUAGAAACACAGUCCGGCCGGUUACUGGCUAUCUACAAAGAUGCCGAGGGCAAGAGGGAGGAGGAGGUACGCAACCUCACUCAUGGCGACCCUAUGGAGUCGUUCAUGAAGGAUAUUGCGAAUAUCAAAGAUUUCCAUCGCCGGUACCCCAACGAGCCUGUCGAGAACCUAGAGAAGGCGUACAAGAAGCGGUCGCCCGAAGACCACAUACAGUCGAUUGCCGCCAUCGAUGCCAUGUUCACUGGAGAGGAGGGGUUCGGUCGAUUCUUCGAUUUGACUACACUUCAUGAACAAUACCUGAACCUGUCUAUUCAUCAGCACGCGCGCCGCCUGACCUAUCUACAGUAUCUCGACCUCUUCGACGUCUUCACCGGGCCACAAAGCAGCGUUCGCCGUGACCAGAAGAAGUCAGAGCCUUAUUUCCAGUAUUUGAAAGCAUUGCAGGAGUAUCUCGAGAGCUUCAUGCGCCGAACAAAGCCCCUGGAGAACCUCGAUAAGCUGUUCGCCAGCUUCACCAAGGAGUUCGAGGAGUUGUGGGAAAAGGACCAGAUUCCCGGAUGGGAGAAGACUGCGCCAUCAUCGGCGCCCACAAAUGGCGACGCGCCAGGCGAGGGCAUCUGGUGCGCUGCAUGCCAAAAGGGUUUCACCAAAGAGACGGUCUUCGAGGCGCAUUUGACAGGCAAGAAACACAAGAAGGCUGUUCAGGCGAGCGAGAACGCCAGCGCCCCAGCACAGACAAAUGGUGCAUCAUCAGACAUUCAACGUUUCAAGGAGCGGGCCGUCGCUGAGCGCGAGUUCAAGAUCAAGAAGCUGGCCGCCGCCAUGCAGACGGAGCGUGGUGACACCAAAGUCAACGUCGAGCGCAAGCAGGGUAUGACGGAGCGCGAAAGACAGCAAGAGCUUGACCAGCUAUACUCCGAGCAGCCCGCAGAAGGCGCGAAUGAUGACGACGAUGAAUCAGACGGCGAGGACAAAAUCUACAAUCCGCUCAAGCUGCCUCUUGCAUGGGACGGCAAGCCGAUUCCCUACUGGUUAUACAAACUCCACGGUCUUGGUGUCGAGUUUCCAUGCGAGAUCUGCGGUAACUUCGUCUACAUGGGACGCCGCGCUUUUGACAAGCACUUCAACGAGCCGCGCCACAUUCACGGCCUGAAGUGCCUUGGCAUCACCAAUACGACGCUCUUCCGCGAGAUCACCAGCAUUCAAGAAGCAGAAACCUUGUGGAAGAAAAUCCAGAAGGACAAGAAGAAGGAGAAGACAGCGGCGGACAACGUUGUCGAGAUGGAGGACACAGAAGGCAACGUCAUGCCUGAAAAGGUCUACCGCGAUCUGGCUGCCGCCGGCAUGCUCUGA